ACCCUCGAGAGGCACCGGGAGUUGUCGCAGGGGGGGCCUUGGGAAAUUCCCCGGACCCCUGUGCCAGGAGGUGCCCGGUGCGCCUGCCCGCCCCCCCACCCCGAGGGCGGUGCCCGGGGGCGCUGCCCCAUGGAGCGGGGAGGCGGGCGCCGUCUGCUCUUGGAGCCGUGACCCGAGUCGGAGCUGUGUGUCGCAGCCGCCCCGACCCCCGCGGAUCAUGCGCCGUCGCCCCUGGCUCGCUGGUCCAGCCGGGCUGUGAGCCCCCCACUCCCGGCCCGUCACGGCCCGCGCGCCAUGGGCAGCACCCACCCUUGCCCCAGGCUGCGGCUCCGACCUCGGCCCCAGCCGCGGCCCGCGCUCUGCGCGCUCCUGUUCUUCCUCCUGCUGCUGGCUGCCACCGUGCCCAGGUCGGCACCCAACGACAUCCUGGGCCUCCGCCUUCCCCCGGAGCCCGUGCUCAACGCCAACACGGUGUGCCUGACCCUGCCGGGCCUGAGCAGGCGGCAGAUGGAGGUGUGUGUGCGCCACCCUGAUGUGGCUGCCUCAGCCAUCCAGGGCAUCCAGAUCGCCAUCCAUGAGUGCCAGCACCAGUUCCGGGACCAGCGCUGGAACUGCUCUAGUCUCGAGACUCGCAACAAGAUCCCCUACGAGAGUCCUAUCUUCAGCAGAGGUUUCCGAGAGAGUGCCUUCGCCUACGCCAUCGCAGCGGCCGGCGUCGUGCACGCGGUGUCCAACGCGUGCGCCCUGGGGAAGCUGAAGGCGUGUGGCUGCGACGCGUCCCGGCGCGGGGACGAGGAGGCCUUCCGUCGGAAGCUGCAUCGCCUGCAGCUGGACGCGCUGCAGCGCGGUAAGGGGCUGAGCCACGGAGUCCCGGAGCACCCAGCCCUGCCCCCCGCCAGCCCCGGCCUGCAGGACUCCUGGGAGUGGGGCGGCUGCAGCCCUGACGUGGGCUUCGGGGAGCGCUUCUCUAAGGACUUUCUGGACUCCCGGGAGCCGCACAGAGACAUCCACGCACGCAUGAGGCUCCACAACAACCGAGUGGGGAGGCAGGCGGUGAUGGAGAACAUGCGGCGGAAGUGCAAGUGCCACGGCACGUCAGGCAGCUGCCAGCUCAAGACGUGCUGGCAGGUGACGCCGGAGUUCCGCGCCGUGGGGGCGCUGCUGCGCAGCCGCUUCCACCGCGCCACGCUCAUCCGGCCGCACAACCGCAACGGCGGCCAGCUGGAGCCCGGCCCCGCGGGGGCACCGUCGCCCGCCCCGGGCGUCCCGGGGCCGCGGCGCCGCGCCAGCCCCGCCGACCUCGUCUACUUCGAGAAGUCGCCCGACUUCUGCGAGCGCGAGCCGCGCCUGGACUCGGCGGGCACCGUGGGCCGCCUGUGCAACAAGAGCAGCACGGGCCCCGACGGCUGUGGCAGUAUGUGCUGCGGCCGAGGCCACAACAUCCUGCGCCAGACGCGCAGCGAGCGCUGCCACUGCCGCUUCCACUGGUGCUGCUUCGUGGUCUGCGAGGAGUGCCGCAUCACCGAGUGGGUCAGCGUCUGCAAGUGAGCGGAAGGCUCCCCUCCCUGAGCCUGGCCCUCCGCGGCUUGCCAUCUUGGCCUGGCAGGGUCGCCCUGGCUCCUGGGGGGGAGGUUGGAUCAAUGAUUUUAUAAGAACCUCCCAGCCCCAAGGGUCGUCAAGUCUGCAAUCACCUGGAGCCCACCACUCCUGUGGGCUCCCUGCCCCAACUCAGAUAGCUCAGUUGGGCUGGAGAUUGCUCCACACCCUAGAGCAAGUUUCAGCCCGGCAGCCCCUGGGCCUGUCUCCUUUCAUCCCUUCACCCCUUCCCCAGGAGUGGGAGGGAAUGAAUGGAAGCUGAUGGGCAGGAGAAGGAGGAUUAAAAAGAAGAAAUGGACAUCGUUGAGCUGACGUGAUUCUGUGGAGGCCUCAGACCCCCACCCCCACCAGCCUCUGCCCCUCAUCAUUCAUUUGACAAAUAUUUAUUUUGCACUCUUUGUGGCCUGGCACUCUGUGGGGGCCGAGGGGUACUGGGGAUACAGAUGUGAAUGAGAGAGACACAGCACAUGCUCUCUUGGAGUUUACAUUCUGGCUGGGGGAGAUGGACAAUAAACAAGUAAAUACACAAACAAGGUCAUUUCAGACAAUGCUAUGUGCCAUGAAGAAAAUAAAGCAAGGUGCUGGGUGUAGAGUGAUUUGUGGGGAGUGGGGUCCCCUUUUAGAUAAAGCCGCUGGUCCGGGAGGGCCUCUCUGAGUUGUGAUACUCAUACUGAGACCUGCAUGAUGAGGACAGCCA